AUGGAACAUAACGAUUCUAAGCACAUGUUUAGACAAUUGCUCAAAUGGAAAAAACGGUUUGUAGUAUCGCUCGGUAUUGCAACAGUACUCUUCAUUGUCGCCACAACUAUAUUAGCUGUUCUAUAUGGUCUCCAACGAAAUAUAACACGUGUUUAUCGAUUAGUAAACGAUUCAGCUGAUCUCUGCACAACUCCGUACUGUAUCAAAACAGCGCACUAUUUACUUGAAAGUAUCGAUGAAACUAUUGAUCCAUGUGAAAAUUUCUAUAAAUUUGCUUGCGGUAAAUGGAUUCGAAACGCUCGCAUACCGGAAGAUGAUGGUCUCCUAAGUACAUUCAGCACACUGCAAACUCAAGUCAUUUAUGAUAUUAUCGAUCUUCUUUCAACACCGUCUAUUAAUGAAACAAUUGAACUGAAUUCGGUCCAGAAUAUUCGCAAUUUAUAUUCUUCAUGUGUUAACGAAAGCAAUAUUGAAAGAGAUGAUAUUCGUGGAAUACUUUCAUUAAUACAAAAUGAACUUGGUGGGUGGCCAAUUCUACAACAAGUAAAAUGGAAUGAAUCAACAUAUAGUUUGAUGAACGUAUCUGUUGCUCUGAGUCAAUACAAUGAAUUUACAUUAUUCUAUAUAUUGACAUACAUCGAUCAGAAGAAUUCGUCAAUUCCUUCUAUUUAUAUAGGUCAAGGUAAUUUGGGUCUGGAAGAUCCGAGUUAUUAUAUGAAUGACACAUCAAUUACAAAAAGUUAUCGACAGUUCAUGAGAAAUGUUAUUUUGACGUUCGAUAAUCAUACAUCGAUAAAUAAUACUGAUAUUGAUGAGAUAUUUAACUUUGAAAAAUCUCUUGCUCAAUCUUUCUGGAGCAAAACUCAACGGUCUGGUUUACUAUUCAAUCGUACAACUUUCAGUAAUCUAUCGAUGUUAAUGAACACAUCGAGAUAUUUCAAUUUUUCUGAAUAUCUCCAACGUGUUUAUCUGUUUGGAAAUGUGACUCUUGUCGAUACAGAUAUAAUCAACAUUAGUGAAUUGAAAGUUUUGCAGAAUAUUGCGAAAAUACUCGAACAAAACUCUCCUCAUACUAUUCAAAAUUAUUUCAUUUGGCGUUUUGUCAUGAAUCACAUUGACCACAUGCCAAAACGGUUUCGUUCUUUGAAACAAGAAUUUCGACGCGUUACCAAAGGUUCAACUGUGGAGAAUCCUCGUUCACAUACAUGUGCCAGUUAUAUCAAUAAAAAUAUGGGUAUGAUAGUAUCCAGACUUUAUAUUAAGAAAAGAUUCGAUGAAACGGCUCGGCAAGAAGCAAUUGAUAUGAUCGAAAAUAUUCGAUUGACUUUCACUGAGAUGAUUAACCAAGCCAUAUGGAUGGAAGCUGACUCGAAAAGCGUUGCAAUAGAAAAAGCUCGAUUGAUAACUGAAAGAAUUGGAUAUCCUAAUGGAUUGAAUGGCGACAAUAUAACAGAGUUGGAAGAAAAAUACGGCAAAUAUAAAUUUAAUUCGUCAUAUAUUCAGAAUGUGUUAUUAAUGCUACAAUUAAAUGUUAAGCAUAGUCUUCACAAACUUCGUGAAUCUAUCGAUCGAAAAGUCUGGGAAUACAUUCUACCGAGCGAUGUAAAUGCAUAUUAUCGUUUUACAUUUAAUGAUAUUACUUUUACUGCCGCUAUUCUUCAAACGCCUUUUUUUCAUAAAGAUGCACCGAAAUAUUUGAAUUAUGGUGGUAUUGGUACAGUUGUAGGUCAUGAAUUAACACAUGGUUUUGAUAACGUUGGUCGACAGUUUGAUAAAAAUGGCAAUAGACUUCCUUGGUGGACGAAUAACACGAUUAACAGAUUUAUCAACUUGACGAAAUGCAUGAUCGAUCAGUACGACAAUUAUUCAGUAGCUCAAAUUAGUAUGGGAUUGAACGGAAAACUAACAUUGGGUGAAAAUAUUGCUGAUAAUGGCGGAUUGAAAGAAGCUUUUUAUGCUUAUCAAAAAUGGUCAAGCAUGAAUAAAAAGAUUGAUAAGAAACUACCGGGUUUAACAAAAUAUUCUGCAGAACAGAUGUUUUUCUUGAGUUUUGGUUCAGUUUGGUGCUCAAAGUUGACAGAUCAAAUGGCGAAGAAAUAUAUUUUGAUCGAUCCGCAUUCACCAACUGAAUUCAGAGUCAUUGGUUCAACGUCGAACUUUGCCGAAUUUGAUCAUGCAUUUCAAUGUAAACCAGGCCAGGGAAAUAGUCGAAAGAACAAAUGCGUCACACAACAUACGCACUCACUUGCAAUGGAGAAACUUUAUUGUAUCUUAAAACCUUGGGCUAAUCGAUACACCGUUUCGCUGAUAUGGUUCUUGACAAUAUUCAAUUUUUAUCUGUGUGUGAAACCGUUAAAAGAAUAUGCAGCAUCUAUUGGUUUCAAUGGAACGCCACCGAUCCUUGAUACGAUGACUUAUUACACACCAGAUGAAGGUUAUCAAACUCUUUUUAAUCUGGGUGACGAUGGUCGACGCGCCUAUCGACAGACGAAUAAUGCCGAGUUCGUUUUUCCAGUUUUACUAUUUGUUUCCUUGUCUCUGUCAAAUCUGUCGAUGGGCAAAGGACAUCGAUACAUAGUUGGACCAUUUCUAUAUAUGAUUUUCGAAUACGUUGAAAAUCUUGCCGAGAGAUAUGUACUGGAAAUCUAUCCAAAUCGACAUGAUGCCGUCAUGAAUUUAGCUUGUUAUGCUGGUUUAGUGAAGUUUAUUUUCAUGUCUACAAGUGUUCUAAUAGUGAUUGUUAAUUGUUUAAUACAUUUUCUAUGUUCAAGCGUUCAGAAACAAAAAUUGAAAUAA